AGAAAUUAAUUAAAUCAUAAAAAAUAUAAAAAAUAAGAAAAUAAGCAACUUUGCAAAAAGUUCAAUCUAUAAUUUAUAAAUAAAGAGAUAAGACACCUAAUAAAAAUGAAGCAAUAAAUGAAACUUAAGAGCAACCUCCACAAUAAGAACGUCACCAACAGAGGAAAAGUUCCCUCCAGCUUAAAGAGCAAGGAAGAAAAGAGCGUUGGACCUUGGGUUUUGGGCAUCUUCCUCUUCGUCGUUGUUGGUUCCGCCAUCUUCUAAAUCUUAAACGUUGUCACUAACUCUUGAAAACUUUUAUUUCAACAUAAAAACUCCUCUCUUAAUUUAUAAAAAGAAGUACUCUACAUGAAAAGUAGUAGUAUUCAGUAAUUAAUAAAGUAUAAUAUAAUAUUUUAUUAUUUUUGAAUGGAGAUUUGAGCAAAAUUAACUCUUCCUCCAAAACACUUUAUAUUAUGUAUGUAUGUAGUCUACUUUUGCUUAUUUCUUUCACUCAAUCAUAAUCAAUCAUUCAAUCAUUCUUUCAUAUUUUGUUAUCUAAAUUUUCUUAAACAUUCCACAAUCAACUAAA